AUGAAGAUUUUUUUCUGCGUAGUCCUUCUCCUUUUGGUUAUUACUCAGUCAUUACUUGUCCGUUCGGAUGUCCCACAAGCCGAGAAAAGGCCCAUAAGAGGGAGCCCUUUCGUGGUUAAGCGAUUCGUCCCUCAAGCGGAGAAACCAAGCAAAAGGGACCACAUAUGGGAUUACCUGUUUGAUGCGCAUGCCCAGGCUGAAGCAGAUCAAGAUCCGUGCCAGUGGCGUUGUCGAGACUGGUGCCAAAAACGAUGCAGAGACGAAGACGAAGAGUGCCUAGACGGAUGCUUGAACAUUUAUGGAAGUCGUUGGAGAAAGUGCAUACGGAAAUGUGAGAAUGGUGACCUCGAUCGACCAGGAGGAAAAGAGCGGGAAUCAGAAGAAGAAGAAGAAGAAGAGUAG